CAUAUACGUUUAAAGAACUACAGGUAACUUUCUAUAAAAGUUGUUGCUACCAAAUCGUGUAGUUUAAUAUUUUAGUCAGUAAAAUAACUUGUUGCUACUCUUUUCGAUUCAAUUUGAAAUUGCUUUCAGAUACACUCUUCUUGCUUGGUUAUUGAAGGAUAUUUUAUUACUUCAAGUAUUUCUGAGGAAAACCCUGAAGUAUUCAUCAUAUUAAUCACAUGGCAUACAGUAUAAAAGGGUGCAGAGUUGAUCUGUACCAGCUCCCAGAUUCUGCAGUCAGGAACGGCUGGUGCCCUGAGCAGAGCCUCAGUCAAGCAGCAACUGACGUGUGCAAACUCGAGCCUGAAGCAAUAGAGGGCAGCAGCUUGUCUACAGCAGCAAUAGAGGGCAUCAAAGAGGAGCCUGAAGAUGAGGGAGAGGAGAUAACUGUGAAGAAUGAAUCACUUUGCAGUGAAGAAUAUGAGGAUGCCAUGCCGUGCGAUGCCACGGCCACCAUUGGUCAGGCUGUGAUGCCAGUUUUUCCUGAAAACAAGGAAGAAAAGAUGUCUGUCGCGGAGGAAAAUAUUUCUCCAGUGCAUAACGGAGCAGCUUUUGUCCAGGAAGUUCUUUCUUAUCAGCCUGUGGCUGAGUUCAAGUCAUCCAACUUGACCAACAAUGAUCAUGCAAGAUUAGCAAAGAAAAUGCCCAAGGUUCCCUCAUCCACUGAUUCUUUAUAUCCAAAUGUUCCUUCUAAGGCCCACCAAAUCACCAAACGAGAUUUACGACCUGUAUUAAACUCAGCUACAAACUACAAGCCGGCAAGAGACGAGGACGAGGACUCCGAUAUUUCGGGUGACAAUUCCUCAGGAAGCGGUAAAGAAUUCGUGCCAGAUUGCUCCUCUUCCUCCUCGUCUUCUUGCGAGUCCGCCGACGAGGAAGUGCACGAGCCUGCACCUGCCUCUGAGACAGCCCACGAGAGGCGACUCCGUCUUAGGAGGAUCCGUCGGCACCAGAAGGCAAGAGAAGAAGGACGCGAAAUCAAGGAAAGGGCCCGUGGACAGGUCCCUACUUUACCCCUGCCGAUGUUUGACAAAAAAGGCAGGCCCUACAGCCAAUCUGAAUCUGCAGUGGCAAGCCGGCGAAAGAGAUUGGCCAGAAAACUAAGGCAUGCGAGUACAACCAGGGCCCAGCCUCCCAAAAAGAGGAAGAUGACGGAGGAAAGACUCGCCGACUUUGAGUCUGAUGAUGAUGAAGUUCCAACGAAGAACGUGAUUGUCGACGGCGUCGAAGUCUUCAAGAAUUUGUCUGCGUGGCAGCAAAAAUGCGGGAAAAAGGAGGGGCCCCCUUGCCAUAAAGAUCCAUUUUUGUUGUACACCGGCGAGGACGACUUGAGGGCACUUAUGCCCGACCCUUCAUCACUGCUGUACCUUAUAGAACGUUAUGUUCUUAAAGUGCAGGCUCGCGCGACAAUAACAUCUGCUUUCAGCGGAUGUGGGAACAAGAAGAAAAGGAAGUCCGGCAACUCCUCACAAGACUCAUCCCCCCCUGGCAAGGAUGAUGAUGAUGACGACAGCACAGAGGCGGGUGUAGAAGAGAGUGGUGACCAGGAUGCAAGCAUCCCCUGGCGAGGCCCUAAGGCAUAUUCCCGCACCCGUGGCAAGAAGCUGGAGGGAGUGCAAUGGGAGUGCUUAAUCCCAGCGUGCGAGGGCCUCGCUCGGCCAAAUCAUAUGCGCAGACACUAUCAAUCUGCGCAUGGAUUCAACGAAGCUGCCUCGAAAGGUAUGAACAGCAUUCAUCGAAGACUAGAUAUGAUCAACAAACGCCAGCAAGGCCAUCCGACCUUGAGCCCCAGCGAACUCCGAAUACGUGCUGAAGCUCUCUUAAAUAAUGAAUUCAAAUGCCUGCCCGAAAGUUUGCCAUCGUGUCUUGGAAAAGAUAUGCAAGAACUGGCAAUGCCACUCACUUUGCUCGUUCUUCUGCUUGACGGAAUUGGCAAGAGGAACGAGGUUGCAAAACAAAUAGAACUAUCAAGAGGUAAAAAUCAGCAGGCAACCACUAGCAAGACCACCGCCACAAGACUAUUCGAAGAUCAGCAAGAAGAGAUCGGUGAAGGGGAGCAGGAAGACGAUGUAAGGCAAGAACAACGUGUGGAAAGACCUGGAGGGCUAAAAUUGCAGUACCUGGCAAAGGGGGAGACGGAUGAUUUGAGGUUCGUGACUGUUUGUCCUAUAUGCCUUAAAGGAUAUAACCACCGAAAGGUCGGCCAGCACAUUAUAAGGACGCACAACAAGUCAAAGUUAGAAGCAAGAACCCUGGCGAAGACUGUGUUUCCUUUCAAGAAACUAGUUAAAAUCAAAUCAUGUCCAGGAAGGGGGGAAUCACUUCGCAGCAGAGUCCCAGAGAAAAUAAUGAAUGAAAUCAGGCAGGAAUUCGUUGGACGUGGGGUCCAACCUAUAAACAACUUUAACCUUGGGACGCCUCGGUUAGAAUUCGCUGAUCCUGGUCCAGGAGUCUUUGCUAAGUGAACUGUAUUAGCACCCACACAUUCCUAGCUCAUGUUCUCACAUUUGUAUUCAAUUUAGCUCAUGCAGUUGAUGCGGUAAAGUUGACUUGUAAACAAUUGACAACUAGCUUGUAUUGAUCAAUAAUUAGUGUUGGAAAUCUUUGAAAUCCUUCAAGUCUCAUUGAUUUCCUAAUUCCCUAAUUAUUUUACCACCUCUAUUGCCAUAAAUGUCAUGAAUUUGUUUCUUCAUGGCCACUAACUUAGGGUGCUGGGUAAUAUAAAGUUGAGGUAGUUGGAAAUGUAGUCAAUAGUUCAGCCUAAACCUGACAUAUAGAAUGAAUGUAAGAAUAAGAUUUUUGCUACAGAGUACAGUGAUGCAUCAUUGCAUUCUCUGAAGCUGGGCAUGCCAAGUGUGUAAUGUAUUUAGUCUUGGUCAGCAGUGUCCAAGUAUUCCACGUUGCUUCAAAAACAUGCGUGGAAAUUCUUUGUUUUACCUCGCGUCAAUGAGAUAGUACUGUCUUUUGAGCAAAUAUGCUGAAUUUUUUGCCUCAUUUUAAUUUUGUCAUCCAUUAAACAUUAAAUGCCUAAAAUCUUAUCAAACAUUUAACUUCAAAUCGUUGAUGAUGGCUCAUUUUAUUAUUUUCCUUCAUUCGUGGUUCCUGUGUGCAGCAUUGAUAGACAAUCUGCCUUCUAUGGUACAUGACUCUAACAUUGCUUUAAUUCUUCUUGUUGUAUGAUCAUUGCUACUUUCAGUUAACUUUUUCUAGAUUAGAAAUAGAUAGAUUUCUAGUACACAAUUUUUUUUUAUUUUUGAGGCAUCUGACUGGAAAAUUUAAGGCUCUCAUAGAUGUGGCAAGCAGGCUUAUGGACCCAGAUUUAGCUGGCUGCAGGAAUUAGGAACAAACUGCCAUGCAUCAUCUCCUUUUAUUCUUUUUGGGCCUCAAUUCAAUGAUGGUAAUUUCAUUUGGCGAAAAAAUUCAUUUCCUUCUGCCAUGAUUAUAAUUUCUGCUUGCCUUUUUCACAUCAUUGUUGCAGCUUGCCUACUUUUAUGUGGGUGUGAUGAACUCGUCAUCAGCUUGUACUUGUCUAUUGCAACUACUUGAUUUGAUGGGAUUUAAAGUUGGUGCUUUCUGAUUUUUACUAAAGAAGUUUGAAACAAAGGGUUGCAUAGUUUAUUACGAGGAUUGUGAAGAAACAUGAAUAGAUAGGAAAUGGAGAUUUUUGAGAAACAUGGAGAGGUGAUGAUUGCCAUUGUAUUGCAGCAGAUUUACGCAGUGCCUUGCUCAAUUACUGCUCAUUUAUUGGCAUUUGGCUUGAUGGCUUCCCUCUAUAAUAAUUCCAAAAACUAUGUAUACAAUUCUGUAAGAUUGAUUGAAGACCAGAGCAUGCUUUUUAUUAAUAAUCUUCUUGUUCGUUUUUCGAAAAUACAAUUUUCAUUAUCAAGCUGUAGAAGGUUUUACAGCACUUGAAAUAGAAUUUUGGAAAUGACAGUAGUACAAAGAAUCGAGUAGUACAAAGAAUCGCAUACAUAUCGAUGGUAUAGUGGAUACAAUAUAAAAUAUUAGCUUAAAAUUAUUCUG